UCCCGAGAUCGGGAAUCCUGCACUCCCCUGCGUGCAGGGCUCCUCGUAUUACCUUUUCAGGACGACUGGACAGUGUCCUCCAGAAGCACUCACUCACCAGAGGUCAUCUCCCCAGGGAAACUGUUUCAUAGGUCACAGCCUGAGGAUGUCACGCCAUACCAUAGGACCACAGGGGGCUACCCCAUAGUAGUCUAUCCUAGGCGAGAUUGUCCCAUGGGAAGUUGUUCUCCUGGAGGUUGUCUUCCAAGAGGUUACAUAGCAGUCUGUGCUUGAGGAUGCUCUCCCUUGCGAGGUUAUCUCAGAGGAAUGUUGUCCCAAUAGCGCCGGAGGAGGCUUUUCUGAGGCUUUUCUAAGGCAGGGUGUCUUACUACGUAGUAUAGCUCUAGCUAUACGGGUGGUCUUGAGAUACUGCUGCUGAGAAAGGUGGGUCGCCGGUUCUGAAAAGGUGAUACGACUGAUUCACCAUGCAGGGGAGCGCGAGAUCCCCGGUCUUGAACGGGUCCAGUUCGGUGGCCACUCGGCCCAGACGGAUACGCACAUUAUGACAUGUAGGCCUCGGGGUCCGCCUGCAUCAGAGUACUCCGGUUCGUGAUUUCAGAUACAAAACUCCGGCAAGGGGUUUAGCUUGGUGGAUGUGGAUUAGAGCUCCAGAAAAUAUUCUUGUUCAAGGGGCCCGCCUGCAAAACCUCUCUGUUCAGCGAGAGCUUCCAAAAUCUUAACUGACUACUAUUACACCACCACCCGCUCAAAACGGUCAAUGAUGCCUUUUCUGGCAGGCUUUUGGGUUUGAACGAGGACGGUCCCAACCACCCAGCCAGCCGAAUGGAUAACUUGAAAGCUUGCGGGUUUAAUGGCUUCGCGUCUCCAGCAUUACACCGCUGAUCGACAAUCUUCCUGAACACCAUCAAUCAGCCUUCAACGAUUCCGCAUCCACUAGUCGACAAGCCUCCGUUUCUAGGUUUUGUGACAUCCAAAGGCCAGCAUCGAACACGUACAGGCACCCCCUUUCACCUCAUCAAUCAACCGUCCCUUGGGUUCAUGAGCACAGACUAUUCAAGGGUAUUUUCAUGACCCUGGCAUGAAGCCGGUACCGCACCAAAGAGGCCGAUGAAGUCAUUAUGGAUACUUCGCAGUCCAAAGGGAGGCUCAGGGCCUUCCUCAAGCACGCCAGCGUCCGCAUAUCAUCAGCCAAGGGUCAUGACUUUGAAAAUGACUCCGCCUCAGCAUACAGCAUUGACGACGACGGCAGGUCUCAAAAGUCUUCUAGCACUACCAAGAAAGACAGCAAGCUUAGGAGGCUAGGCCGCGGGAUCCGAGAAUGGAGGGCAAAACGGAGGAGAUUGCAAGGCGACGCACAGCUCGCAAGUUCACAUGCCUUGGACGGGAAAAGCUUUUCGUCAUCUGAGGGGAGUUUUGCGCAUGAUCGAUACGAGACCGACGAGGAUUUGACGGACGAGGACGAACCAGUCAGUGGGGAAUUCGAUCGACCAGAGGAUCAUCAUGCUCUCGAGGCAGGCGAGGAUGUACGGGGAGGAUUUCCAGAGAAGAAGUUGCAAGGCGAGACGAUUCAUACGGAGGUUGCCAUGCGAGAAAGCACAAGGGGCCAUCACGCCAAGGGGGGGCCUGAGAGCCAGGCCCGGCCAGCGAAGGCGACGCUCGUACCGGCGCCGGCGACCCUCCUACCUCCACCAGCCUACAGCUCAUUGGCGUGGCCGGACCUGAUCCCCCAUGAGAGGGUCCCAAACAGCGGACAGAACGGCAUCGUGUCCACACGAAAUAUGAAGCGCGCCCUUCAGCUCGCCCAGAGCCCACUAAGCGACAGACUUGCACUGUGGGCCGAUGCUUCUCGCAACUCCCAACACUGCGGAGCGAUCGCAGUGGCCCAUAAGCUUGACCGUUGCUACACAGUUGGGGUUGCAAACAUCGCACAACUCGAGUCGCUUGCAAUACUCAUAACCCUCCAGUGGGCGGUCCAGGCAAUGAAAACAAGCACAUCGAAGGACACAGUCUACAUGUGUAGUGACAGUGCCGAAUCCUUGAGAUGGGCUGAGAAGGUUCUCGCCAUCGCCACCGCGAUCAGAGAGGCAGGGCAGGCGUGUGCGUUGGAAGCCGAUAUGGACGGCCUUAAAUGCCUGAUUCGGCUCAGUGACCGACUCAAUCGAUGCAAAUUCAUCAGCCUCAGCGAGAACAACUAUCCAGAGAAGAGCCUGACAGCCUCAAUCGGUUGGAGGAUCCUGGAGCAAUACUACGAGCUGCGUAGGCUUGGGGCCAGGGUCGAGUUCCCCUGGGCUCCCGACCACUCAGGGCUUACUGGAAAUCACAUUGCUGACGGGAUCGCUAAGAUGUCCUGCUGGUGGCUCCCAGAUGCAUCUCCCAACUCGGAACUGGCACAGGGUGAUGCCAUGGUGGUACCGUUGAAGAUGCUCACCUUGGAUGAGCCUUGGACCAGACUUUGCCCGCGCAGAGGGGAGCCACAGUAUACAAAAGAAUUGACACAUCGGAUCUUGGAGGACACCAAAAGUCUGCACCUGGUCCUUUCGACGUGGCAGCAGCCCACGGCUCAGGGACAUUGCCAGCGUAUUCUUGCUCCAUCUCAAAAACGCCGCCACUGUGUUCGCUUUGUUCCGGAAGCUAGCAACGCUAUCGUGGACACAUCAGCUUCAGCCAUCAAGGGGGGAUUUCGACCACAUCAAAAUUUAAACUCUGGACCACAACAAUAUGUAGUACUCACGCCCGUACCGCAGCUACCACCAGCACUGUCUCAGCCUGAGUCAGAGGAUCGAACAAGCAAGAAACGAAGGAAGAAGCCAGCGACAACAAGAUCGCGCUGUACUCACUGCGGGAAUCGCGGUCACCUGACCCACCAAUGUUUUGAAGAGUUUCCAGAGCUAAAAUUGGCAUUGCCGCAGAGGUAUGCUAACUAUAAGGGAAGAGAGAGGCUGGAGAAGGUCUUUCCAGGAGCAUUUCAAGCACUGGCACGGCUUCACCCGCAGCUAAUGCCCCGGCCGAUCCAUGGCUAUGAUUCUAGGUACAUGUUCGGUCGUAUUGGGAUCUUGCCACACCUCACACCUAAGCAGUGCGCCGUUUGGGCAGUCCGAUACCAAGAUGCACAGGCGACAUUGGUCAUGAGAGGGAAGGACCGUUGGAAUGAAGCACAAGGUGACCAGUUGGACUGAUGUAUUCUUUUCUUUUUCUUACACACAAUUCCAAAGAUACCACUCCCAAAAAUCAAUUAAAAAUAUGAACUUUG